CUAUUAAUCUUAUUCUUUCUCUUAGCCUUCAUCUCUUCAUGGACAUACAAACUAAAAGUACUCAACAAAUAUUCAUUCUUACCCAAACCUUCAAAACUAAAUCAAACAAAUCAAAUCCAACUAGAUCAUCUCAAUCCAAACUUGCUCGUAAACCAAAACCAAUCUUUUUCGGCUCAUGAUGAAUUUCAUAAUUAUUUAGAUGAAUUCUUAUCGGCUAUUAGAGUGUUUGGGUUUCUAGAAAAACCUGUGUUUCAUGAACUGGCUCGGCAUCUUCAAACCCGUAGAUUAUUGGCGGGUGAUACGUUGAGUUUGGAUGAAGAUAAAUCGUUUUAUAUUGUGAUUGAUGGUCAUGUGGAAGUCUUUGCUAGAUCUAAUAAUCAUGCUUCUACUUUACCCCAUCAUCCUUCUUCAUUACCAAAUCAAUCUCAUCAACAGCGACAUUCGACCUAUGAUCAUUCUUUGGCUUAUGAUCAUGAAGAUCAUAAUGGAUUUCAACUCUUGAAUGUGGUCGAAUCGGGUGGUACUCUUAGUUCUUUAUUCACCAUCUUGAGUUUGUUUACUGAAGAUGUUAAAUUAAGGUAUGAAGAUGAUGAUGAAGAUGAACAUCAACUUAAACCGAGUCCAAUGAUUCGAACUACUUCACUUCAAGCUCAUCCUCAUCAGCCUCAUCCUUCAUCGGAUUCGAUCGGUUCUUUCAACUCUCAACUUUCGCCUACUUUUCAUUCGGAUCCAAGUCCGAGAUCUAAACCUAAUCGAUCAGUCACUCUUACUUCACCUAUCAUCAGACAACCUACUGCUCAAUCUUCCGCAGCUUCACGUCAACCCAAACAUCGAUCCACCGCUGAACGUCUAGGAGCUCAACCACGUGAAUCGACGAUUGCACGUGCCACGACUGAUACCACUUUGGCCGUCAUCCCUUCAGAAGCAUUCAAACGACUUACAUCCAAGUUUCCAAAUGCAGUAGCACAUAUCUUACAAGUCAUCCUCACACGACUUCAACGGGUCACUUUUCUAACCUCUCAUCAAUACCUGGGUCUAACUAAAGAGCUUUUGAGAACUGAAAAAGCUUUUAACGAAUUAGCAUGUUAUCCACUUCCAGCUCGGUUUUAUGAAGAAGGUGGAAUGGUAAGGCUUCGUCAAAGGUUUUUACCUCAGACUAAAUUAGUGGAUGAACCUAGUCAAUCGACAAGACAUCAAGAUUAUUUUGGAUUCGAUCCUAUCAAUACUCGUCCUUCUUUAAAUCUACGUAAAGCUAAGGAUUUGAAUGAUGCUGCUCUUAGAUUGAAACCCCCUCAUUCACCUUUACGUGAUCCGACGCCCAAGUCUCCAAAAGAAUCUCAUAAAUCUCAUAUUACGUUUGAUUUGGGAUCUUCACCUAUUUCAGUUCCGAUCGGUUCUACUAAUAAUUUACAUGAAGAUCUCGAAUUGAGGCAAACGGUGAUGAGUUGUAUUGCGAAAUCUAUUGGACUAGUACAACAUCAUCGUCAUCAGAGCGAAACUUCUUCUUCUUCUCAUCAUCAUCCACAUCAACAACAACAAGUACCUCAACGACCUGGUUUCAGAUCAGGACUCGGUUCGUUAUCGUAUCUUAAAACCAUGGGCGGUGGACGAGAAGAUAGUAGGAGUUCUAUUGCCUCUUCUUCGGUGAAUAUCGAUUCAGAAUCACCUGCUGAUGAUCCUGAUGGUGAAGAAUUACCUAAUGAAGUGGAAAUCUUAUUUUUCCAUCAAGACUCUACACUUGUGAAAGCAGGUGAAAGGAAUGCAGGACUGUAUUUUGUGAUUGAUGGGUUCUUGGAUGUGUUUAUGCCGGUGGAUGAAGAAGAAGAUUUAUCUACUGGUAAAUCGAAUGAAGGAAGAAGAAGACCGAUCUCGACUUUGAAUCCGAAAGAGUUUAAGCCAGAACCAGAACCGAUGAACGAGUUACCAAGCAAACCUGCACCAAUCAAACUCUUUAGUAUUAAACCGGGAGGGAUUGCAGGUUAUUUGGCUUCGAUCUCGGGGUUCCCUUCGUAUGUUGAUAUUAAAGCUAAGACUGAUGUGUAUGUUGGGUUCUUGCCUGCGAGAGCUUUGGAAAGUAUUAUGGAUCGGAAACCGAUUGUUUUGUUGACGUUGGCUAAGAGGUUGAUUAGUCUUUUGUCUCCACUUAUGUUACAUAUUGAUUCAGCUUUAGAAUGGAUGGCAGUUGAUGCAGGACAAAUUAUUUAUCGUGAAGGAGAUAAGAGUGAUAAUCUAUAUAUUGUGAUUGGAGGUAGAUUACGAUCGAUCUCUGAAAGAAUAGAAGGAGGACUUGAGAUCUUAGGGGAAUAUGGACAAGGCGAAAGUAUAGGAGAAUUAGAUUGUAUUACGCAUACCUUAAGAAGAUCUACCUUACAUGCGAUACGUGAUAGUGAGCUGGUUAGGAUUCCAAUGACCCUCUUUAAUGCGAUUUCGAUUCGACAUCCGGCUAUUACUAUUCAGGUUUCUAGGUUGAUUGCUUCAAGGGUUCGGAAAGAGAUUGAUGCAUCUAGAUCGAAUUCUUUGAAAAGAGUUCAAAACAACUUUAAUUUGAAAACGGUGGCGAUUAUUCCUAAUCGAUCGGAAGUCGAUAUUAUUGAGUUUUCGAAUCGUUUGAACUUUGCUCUCGAAUCGAUUAAUGCUAAAACUGAACUUUUGAAUCAGUCGACAAUCUUGUCUGUCUUGGGUCGUCAUGCUUUUAGUAGAUUGGGUAAGUUGAAGUUGACCGGUUACUUGGCGGAACUCGAACAGACUUUUAGGAUCGUGCUUUAUGUGGCUGAUACGGCGGUUAAUGCGCCUUGGACUCAGACUUGUAUUAAACAGGCAGAUUAUGUUUUGUUGGUUUGUGAUGGUGGAUCUCAACCUGAGUUGGGAGAAUAUGAACGUUUGUUGAUCGGGAUGAAAACGACGGCUCGUAAAGAAUUAGUCUUACUACAUCCUGAUCGAAACGUACCUGCAGGUUCAACCAGACCUUGGUUAAAGAAUCGACCUUGGAUUCAUGCGCAUCAUCAUGUUCAACUUGCAGGAGCCACACCAUUAGCAGAUAAUCAUUUAGAUGAGAUGUUACCGGUCACAGCACUAAGAGAGUUUAAAGAAAGAGUCCGAUUACAAAUCUCAAAGUAUGCAAGACUUCGAUCGAAAUUAAAAGCCGAACCAGUGAAUGUGACAGGCACUGAUGAUUUUGCAAGACUAGCUAGAAGGUUAUGUGGCAAAUCGAUUGGAGUGGUCUUGGGAGGAGGAGGAGCCAGAGGGAUUAGUCAUAUUGGAGUCAUUAGAGCUUUGAGUGAGAUUGGAAUGCCGAUCGAUAUGAUUGGUGGAACGUCGAUUGGAAGCUUUAUUGGUGGACUUUAUGCUAGGAAUUCGGAUUUGAUUUCGACAUUGGGUAGAGCAAAGGUCUUUAGUGGUCGGAUGGCUACUUUGUGGAGAAUCUUGACGGAUAUCACUUACCCUGUGGUGGCUUAUACUACGGGUCAUGAGUUUAAUAGAGGGAUUUAUAAAUCGUUUUAUGAUUAUCAUAUUGAGGAUUUUUGGUUACCAUUUUGGGCUAAUACUACUAAUAUAACUUGGUCAAGAAUGGAAGUCCAUACAACUGGAUAUGCUUGGAGGUAUAUUAGGGCUUCUAUGUCUUUGGCUGGGUUGUUACCACCGCUUUGUGAUGAUGGAGAUAUGUUGGUAGAUGGAGGGUACAUUGACAAUUUACCGGUUUCAGUGAUGUUGAGGAUGGGAGCCGAUUCGAUCUUUGCAGUUGAUGUAGGAUCGAUUGAUGAUACUUCACCUAGAAACUUUCCUGAAUCACUUUCAGGUUGGUGGUUAUUGAUUAGUCGAAUGAAUCCUUGGUCAGAAAACCAUCGAAUACCAACUAUGACAGAUAUUCAAAGUCGAUUGACUUAUGUUUCGAGUGUGAAGACUUUAGAAGAAGCUAAGGCGACACCAGGAGUACUUUAUAUGAGGAUGCCAGUAACUGAAUAUACUACUAUGGAUUUUGGAAAGUUUGAAGUGAUUUGUCAAAAAGGAUAUGAAGCGGCAAAGGAGAUGUUAAAGGAAUGGAAAGAGAUGGGAGCUUUACCUGAUGGAUUAGAAAGGAAAUCUAAUGAGAUGAAUCGAUUGGAUGGACAGCUUAGAGAGAAUGAAAGGAAAAGGUUGAUGGUUAGAAGGAAUAGUGUUUGA